CGCGACACUGUUCCUCAGGCCGCCAGCUCACUCAAUCUAGGUACCUAGGUAGGCAGACCCUCUCGACCUCCCCAAACCUCGCGCGCGGACAUCAUCGCUCGCAAAGAGACCAGAUGCCGUGCAUGAAUGGCUGAGGCAGGGGGGCGUUCAUCUCGCCACCACGGCAGGACUCAGGAUCCUCUCCUGUUAUGCUCUCAAGGUGCGACAGCUCCGCAGUCACUGGACACGACUGCACCGGCACGAAAAUAUACCGGCCGUAAAGAAGCAGCCGCGGGGCGAAACACUGCGACUUUUAUUGUCCGGCCAGUCACAAUGCACAUUCACGGGCCGCGGACUGUCCGCAUUCUCAGGCUGCCUGAGCGGCUGGGUCGAAACGAAACGCGCCUUGCUCGCCUUGCGUUCGGCCGACCGCCUUGGGCCUUAUGGGCUGGGCAGCUUUCCAGCCGCGGCUGGCUGCCUAGCGAUAGCCACAGUGUCCAUAUCGACGGGUGCCAGGUGGUACUGCGGCGGCUGCGCUGGAGGCACCAAAAGAAUCCCCACGGGACGGAAGAGCACAGUGCUGUCCCGACUCUCUCACCGGGACUUAUGGGUUGGCGUGUUUGCCCGCCGUAAUGCGCAGGUUCCUGGCCGUGCUUCUCUUUUAAAACACGCGCCUUCGCAGCCACAGCGUUUGAUCGAUCCAUGGCCAGGCCGGCGCGAAGUGCAAAAUCGCUAGGUGUCAUCCCCCCUUCUUCUGCUGCAACAUUUUCUUGCGUGUGAAUGCUAGGUACCUAGUAGAUCUUUUCCACAGGAUGGCCUGCCUCAUGCACAGCACUGUUGAAAUCACUCCCGCCCGUCUCAGUUCAAAAGCCCACCACGUCCCCCACUGCCCCAACCCGCACAGAGCAGUGAGCACCAUAUCCACGUGAACCACCCCUCCAAUGGUCUUGCCCCACGGGAGCUCCGAUAAGGCGUACAUGUUCCCCCAUCCGCCAGCUUAUCAACCAGGACGAGCACUUCCUUCCAGGUGCUGCCGUCUGCCUAACAUCAUACUAAGCAGUCACGACUCACCACUCAGCGCUUCAGCUCUACCCCACCUCCCUCCCCGUCAUCCGCCUGCUACAACUCGCGUCCCAUCUUCUGCCCCUCCUCGGUCGGACUUCGAAGCUACAACUUCGUCGUCCCGCCCACUCCUUGACGGAUCAAGACAUUCAUCUGCGCCCUGGCUUGACGCGAAGAUAUCGUCUCUCUGCCCUUGCACCGGGACUCGCCUGAGCUGCCUUCCCCGCAGCUGCAGUCCCGUCACACUACUCUGUCAGCCACGCUGCGGCUUGUGACAGGGGUCCAUCCCGCCGUGAAUCCGCAUCACGACUUCCACCCCCGGUUGCGGAAACCAUCGACCCUUUUUAUCUGGCGUCGAGAGAAUCUGUCACCAUGGCCACUGCUCAGUAUGACGACGAAGUGCAAGUGAUGCUCGCCGUUUGUGGGCCCGCCUCGUUGUCGGCUUUCACGGAUCGACGGCUAUUUCUCACCAAGGACAACCCCAUCAUCGCCGUCGGACGUACCAGCAAAAGAGAUGCAAGCCUCGAGCAGGCCCCAAACAAUGCCUGGAUUGAUUCGGCGGUCAUGUCCCGCAACCACGCCAAGAUUGAGUUUGACACUGCAAACAAGCGAGUUCUCAUCACCGACGUCGGAUCCCUUCACGGCACUUUCCUCAACAACACCCUUCUCACCCCCCAUGUGCCCCAACCUCUGGCUCAGGACGAUGAGCUGAGAUUCGGUAUCGCUGUCGAGAGACGUGCACAGUCGUUUCCACCAUGCACCAUGCGAGUUCUUGUCAAGUAUGGUACUGAACCACGUCCCGAAGGAAGACCUGCCGUCUUCCGCGUCCCAGACGACAGCGACUACGAGGACGACACCAGCGAUGACGAUGACCCAAGCAUUAUAGACACCGUAGGCGUUAUCGUUGCAAACGGCUUUGGCCCCGCGGAGCUGGGCGACACUCUUAAAGGCGAGAUCAUCGAUCUGACACAGGCGCAUGCGGGCGAUGUGGAGGACGACCCUGCAACAGAGCUUGAACCGACGGAAGCCCUACUCACUGUCGUUAGUGACGAACCGAUCCACGAAGCUAGCGACCCUGAGUCUGGCACGCACAGUCCUUGGCAAGCUCGCGAAGUUUCGUCGCUGCUAGAGUCUCACCAGACAGAUGUCGACGCCCUGGACGAACUCUCUGACGAACUCCAUGACGAACUCCAUGACGAACUCCAUGACGAACUCCAUGACAGCGAACUCAUAUCCGAAUUUGCUGAUGACGAAGAUGUGGAUCUUGACACUACAAGCGAGGUUGAGCGCACCCAAGGUGAGUUAUACAGUUUCUGCAAACACGAUCCAUCUUGUCGACAAGUUCUUGUAGAUUUGCAGUCGUCCGAAGCAGAAGUCAGUUCUGCCAGUCAUGAGUCUCCCGACUGUGGCUGCGACCACAUAACGCCUGGCCAGCCCGAGCUUUUGAGCACAGAAUGCGUUUCUGUAGAAUCUAAUGCCAGGGUACUGGGGUCGCAGGAGCGCGAGGCAGAUAACCAUGCGCCAGCUACACUGCGUCUGUCAGAUAUGGCUCUGCCUCCUCUCGGAACGAGCCUGACAGUUCCGGAUCACUUCCACCUACCACCGAUUGCGUGCAACGUUAGAGAGGCCGCCAUGCACACAGUGGACCAGCCUAUGCAGGCCGUCGAUUCUGGGGCGACCAAUUUUAUUACCCCACCACAGACGGGUCGCGUGAGAAGGCUUCUUCCUUCGUCGCUCCAUCAGCCUGUCCCUCAGCCGGGUCAGACAUGGACACCUGGAGAUGGCAAGGUCUCUCAGAAGCCGGGACACAAUGCAUUCUCCCCUGCUUUUGCUGUGGCGGCCCACGGAAAGUUAUGCGAUGUAUCUCCCACCAGCAGCUUGUUGGCUUCAGGUGCCAAAUUCCUCACGACCCCUCCUUCUGACGAAGAACCGAAGAAAGCGUUCUGCUAUCCUCUAGACGACAGCUCCGCCUACAUGUUUGAGCAGAGCAAGAAAGCCGCCGAGAUGGACGAAGCGAACUCUCGUCGCACGCACGUUGCGAUCAAUGACCUCCUCGAGGUGGAUGCGGAACGCUCUGAGGGACCCCUCAAGGGCCAGGAAACUCGCAAGCGGAAGUUUGCAGAUCUAUCCUCUACGACGCCAGAAGAAGAGCGUUCGGCGGUGGUUGUACCAAAGCAGCCCGACAAACGCUCCACAGAGCGCCCUGCCAAGCGCAUCCGGAAGGCCGCCGAAGUUUUCGGAUACGUUGCCUUGGGCGGCGUGGCGGUUGUAUCGGCUCUGAUUGCGACGGCACCCAACUUGUAGUGUUUUGUGCGCGGCGGAAUGACGGUACAGGCUGAGCGCGCCCUGUCAGGCACGACCUGGUGAUUCCCUCUUUGCAUGCUUGAUGGUUACUUGGCGUCCGGGUGCUAGGGAUUGGUAGGACCAAUGGCAAGAUUGAAUGAACAGGGAAUGGACGUUACUUUUUUGCGCGGCCUGGAACUGGACAGCGGGUGAAUUAGCACGCGUUGCGUGGCAUUUGUAUAGUUCGUCGCUGUCCCGCCGUUGCUUUGCUCGCGCCUGCACAUGGCCUCUUUCGUGAAGAUGCGCACACAAUGAUCAAAUACGAUUUCAGUAAACGUUUUAGGCAGUCAAAGGUAUCGCACUGGUGGUGAUUGUGUAGGAUGGAGCCGUGUGACGACGGGCCGUCAUGUCGGUGAGUAUGGAGUAGGCGGUACGAAGCAAUAUAGGCGUCGCUCGUUUAGCAUGGGGCUCGAGAUUGGGCUCAUGUCGGG